AUUGAGCCAAGAGUCCCGCGGCACUCCACGACUUAAUCUCACAACUAUCCCUCAGAGGACACACCUCUAGCAUUGUCACAUCUCAGUUUUGGGAUACUUUUCUGGGCCCUAAAUUUUGUGACGCAUUGUAGCCUCUCACGAGGGGGCGUGGUUUAAUAGAAGGUGAGAGCGAAGUAGGUGGGCUUGAGGCUUGGGUGAGCCGAAGGCAGCAAGCGCGCGAGAGGAGGGCGAUGACUUAUCGGAGGGAAGGGAGGGCAGACGAAGAUGCUAUCGGAGAAGGGCUGGACUAGGAUGGUGGGGAGGCGAGAGGAGCGGGUAUAGGGGCGAGGGGGAGGCACGGCGGGCUCUACUUGCCGAGGAGAGGAACUGCGGGCUUCGCGCUGCUCAUGUGCCUCCUCGGGUGCCCCUCUUCUCAGGUGGCAGCAGCAGGGGCGGGGCGGCAUGGGCAAGGAGCAGCUGAUAGCAGCGGUGGAGGCCAGCGGACUCAUGAGGCAGUGAGGCCGUCCAUUCCGCGUCGCGACGGGCGUCAGACAUUGGCCCUGCAGGGCCCACAACUACUAGUGCGGCUGGAACGCUAAGCGCACCUUAAAGCAGCACGCACUGGUGGACCACCGCUGUCGCCCCUCGCUCUAUUCCCUCACGCCAGCAGGGGUGGCUGCAGCGCACACAUCCAUGGAGCGAGCUGGACUGCAGGCAGAAUUCGGUGCGCAGCCAUCUGCUGCCCCACCUCCAUCGGGCUCCCCACCACCUGCUACCCCCCAAGCAGCCACACCAGUGACAGCUACCGCGGAUCGGAAGGCAACAGAGGCACAAGGCCAUGGGUCAGACACAAGGAGCUGCAGGAGUGGGGGAAGGGCACGGGGAGUAAACGUGCAGCUGGAGCGGCAGGAGGAAGGAGCAGGGAGGAGUGGGAGAGGGAGAGAGCGGAAGCGGCAAGCAAGGAGUGCUGCUGAUAGUGGCGCAACUGUAGCAGCUGUAGCAGCCCAAGACACAGGAGCACCAGUAGCAUUGAAUUUGCCAGCAGCGAGAAAAAGAAUGGCAAAAACUCCAGCAGCAGCAGCAGCAGCAGCAGGAGGAGGAGGAGGAGCAGGAGAAGCAAGCACUCCAUUCAGUAGGAGUGGGGCAGCAUCAGAAGCAGAAGCAGGGGAGGGAGAGGCAGUUCUGGGAGGCAAAGCGUCGGCACUCAUGGCAUCGCUACAUGCAGUGAAUGGCUGCUCCAGCGACCCCCCUACCUCCCUUGCAUUGGCGCACCUGACAUCCCCACCAACCUGCCUCUCCCUCUCGGAGACGGCUGACAUUCGCCUGCCCCUGCUGGCCCAGGGGCAGCGGUUCAGCGAUGCGUACCGAGUGGUGGUGCUGAUCGAGAGCAGAGAGAAGGGGUGAGAAAGGACGGGAUGUGACGGUUGACAGACGGGGCGAGGGAAGCCUGGUGGUCGACAGCAGCACUGUGAGGCGGACCGGGGGAUGGGGCCCAUAGACAGCUGGGAGAAGGUGUGAGAAGUGGGUGAGGAGGGUGAAAAGGAGGAUUGGGUGUAUAGAGAAGGGUUGAGCACUGAGAGGAGGUGUGAGGGCAUCAUGGUGGCGCGUACCGAGUGGGUCGAGGGUAGAAAGGAGUGGAGGAAAGAAAGGUGGAGCAAGGGAAGGGGGUCUGGUUAUCGGGAGGAGGGGGGAAGGAAAAGGAGGAAGGUUGAGGAAAGCAAGAAAUAGUGAGGAGAGAGGAAAUCGAAGGGAGAGUGACCGGGUGCAGGGUCGCAUGCUUUUCAUGGUUGCUGGAUAUUGCAGGUGUCAAUUUAUACAUAUUAUUUAUAUAUAGAUGUGUAGGCUUGGUAGGUUAGGUGUUCUAUCAAUUUUGGAUCCUACUGUAGAGAGGACAACCCCCCCUUCUUGUACCUCUCUCUCUUUCCUAGUUCUCUCUCUUGUACCUCUCUCUCUUUCUUAGCUAAAACCUCUUGACA